AUGGUUCAUCCCAAGCCCAGUAGCGCGGCAGCCGCGUCUACGACCACGACGACCGCCCCAAAUGUCGCCUCCUCCAAUCGCCGUCCGCCACCGCGCAUGAACUCAGGCUCGUUCCACGCCGGCGCGCCCUUCCCAUCGCUGAACUCGUACUCCGAAACACCGAUGAGAUCCCCCCGCUCCCAUCGCCGCCUACCGUCAAGCUCCCAAGGUUACCAAACCUUCCCGACAGCUCCUCCCAAGACCCCCCGUGACGCCGAGCGCACGUUUGACGACUUGGUGGCAUCUGAAGACACGGCAAGCUCGAGUUCCGACGAUGAAGAGGACCACACAGUCACGCCGUUGCCUCUCAAGCAGCUGGCCUUACUGGCACUGCUGAGUCUUGCGGAGCAGACUGCUCUCAACUCCAUCUCUCCAUACCUGCCCACCAUGGUGCGGAACUUUUCCGAGAUACCAGAAUCACAGACAGGGUUGUACGUGGGGCUUGUCGCGUCCGCGUUUGCCCUUGCCCAGCUGGCGACGAACCUGGUGUGGGGAGCGAUGUCGGAUCGCAUCGGCAGGAAGCCAGUCUUGCUGCUCGGCACAGCCUUGUUGGCUGGGUGUUUCAGCGUUUUUGGGCUGUGUACCAAAUAUUGGCACGUGGUGUUGGUGCAGGUGGCAAUGGGUUUGCUCAAUGGUAACGCCGCAGUCGUGCCGACCUGUUUGGGCGAGCUGACGGACAGGAGCAACCAGAGCAGUGCUUUUACGUGGCUUCCGGUCAUGUACAGCAUUGGGAGCAUCACAGGGCCGGCGCUCGGUGGGCUCUUGAUCCCGGAUGAUCUCUCAGACUCCAGCUACCCUUUUCUGUAUCCCAAUGUGGUCUCUGCCGCACUGUUGGUUUUUGCGGUGGUAGUAUUGUCCAUUUGGUAUGAGGAGACACUAGAGGAGUAUGAUCCCAAUGCCGAGUUCCCCGGACUGGGGUGGGUGCGCUGGCUCAAGGAGCGCAUUUGGCGCGGCCGGUCCGCAAGAGUGCGCAAUGGUAGCUGGAGCUCAAGGUGGCCGACAAGGAGCCAUGGUCAAGUGGCAGGCGACGACGACAGUGGAGAAGACUCUGGAGUUGAAGACCCUCUAUUGUCAAAUCACACGACCCAAGACAGCAGUGCGCAGCAGACUCUUGUGGGAUCACCGCGCCGAGGCUCAGACGACUCCAAGAACCACCACAACACCGAUUCGCAAAUGUCCGUUUUCCGCCAGUUGCUCAACCACCGAACAGUCUUGGUGCUCGGAACAUACUUAGUGUUUCAACUCUCCAACAUCUCUUUUAACAGCCUCUACCCCAUCUUUGCGUCGUCGCCGGGUCCAGCUGGUAGGGACAUGAACCCAGAGACGAUUGGGUUGUUGCUUAGCUUCGCUGGUUUUAUGACCAUCGCCUUUCAAAUUUCUAUCUUCCAGCCUAUCAAGGCGCGAAUGGGAAACCUCCGCAGCUACCGGUAUGCGCUGAUGGGCUUGGCCAUCAGCAUGGCGCUGAUGCCCUGGGCUGGGUUCACAGGCGGUGAUGAGGAUCAGCCGCCAUUUGGGAUCGGCUCGGCAAGCAACUGGCUUUACGCUGAGAUGGCCGUGGUACUUGUCAUGAAAAACAUUUGCGCCGUUGGCGGGCUGAGCAGUGUAAUGCUGUUGAUCACCAACUCGGCGCCAUCCCAUGAAACCCUCGGCACGCUCAACGGUAUCGCGCAGACCUUGUCGGCCGCCGGACGAAGCGUCGGCCCUUUUGUUUCUGGCGGGAUCUUCACCCUCUCAAGUCAAGUGAGGCCGCGCGGCGAGCUGGUAGCAUGGGGUGUGUUUGGCGGUAUCGCGCUACUGGGGUGGUUUGGAACACUGGCCAUAAGGGGUGAGGGGUUGGAAAGUGCCGACUGGGUUGGGGAAGAAGAAAGCGAUGACGCCGAGGAGGAUACAGAGGCUAGACUGUAA